UUAAUUUGUGUCGUCUGUCAUCGUUGUCGUUGUCGUCGUCGUCGGGUGUGUGUAAACGCGGUUUGCAUCCGUCGCCUUUUUCUGCACAAGAAAUUCUUCAGUAAUAUUUUACGCUCGCAAUUUUUUCAAUUUAAUUUUUUAUUAGCCGUGUGUUUCAUUAAUUAAAUGCAUAUAGUAGAGUGCUCAUAGAAAUUGGAAUAAAUGAAAUAAUUAAGGUACAGACGAAAAAGUGGUGUUUGAAGUUUAGAAGAUAAAAUAAAUUAGUGAAGGGCGAACAAGCACAAGCAGCUCAAAGCUGAAUUUACAUAAACAAAUAUACGUACAUAUACAUAUUUUCAAUUUACUAAUUUUAAGCAAAAGUACAUAAGGAAAACACCAAAUUUUAUCAAUUGAAUUAAACAAAUCCACAUAAAAGCAAACAACGAAGGCUGACAAAAAAGGAAAUAUUAAAAAGAAAAAAAAAACGUAAAAUAACUACAAUUAUCUCAAGUAUAAGAAAAAUCUAGAAAAUUUCAUUACGAACUGCAGAUAAACAUUAAUUGAGAAAUUUUACAUUAAGCACAAAAUAAUUAAACACCAACAAUCGAAGCAGAUUAUAACAACUGUAUAAAUAAACCGCCAAAUAGUGGUAGUAGUAGCAGCAACAAAAACAAAAAAAAAAUCAACUGAAAUUCAUAACUGGAAAAAACAAACAAAACAGGAAAAAAAAACAAAUAUGGAAGCAAUUGCCAAACACGACUUCUCAGCAACUGCCGAUGACGAAUUGAGUUUUCGCAAAAGCCAAAUUUUAAAGAUUUUAAAUAUGGAAGACGAUUCAAAUUGGUAUCGUGCCGAAUUAGACAGUAAAGAGGGGCUCAUACCCAGUAACUACAUAGAAAUGAAAAAUCAUGACUGGUACUAUGGACGCAUCACACGUGCCGAUGCUGAAAAAUUGCUCUCAAAUAAACAUGAAGGUGCAUUUUUAAUUCGCAUUAGUGAAUCCAGCCCUGGUGAUUUUUCAUUAUCAGUCAAAUGUCCCGAUGGUGUGCAACAUUUUAAAGUUUUGCGUGACGCACAGGGUAAAUUCUUCCUUUGGGUGGUUAAAUUCAAUUCGCUCAAUGAACUCGUGGAAUAUCAUCGAACCGCAAGCGUAUCAAGAUCACAAGAUGUUAAAUUAAGAGAUAUGAUCCACGAAGAGGUGAGUAGGAUGCUCGUUCAAGCAUUAUACGAUUUUGUGCCACAAGAAUCUGGUGAAUUGGACUUUAGACGCGGAGACGUCAUCACCGUCACAGAUCGAUCUGAUGAGAAUUGGUGGAAUGGUGAGAUUGGCAAUCGGAAAGGCAUCUUCCCAUCAACCUAUGUAACGCCAUACCAUUCAUAAUAGAAUAGAAAGUCGUAGAAUAAACAAAAAAAAAAUAAAUAAAUAAAACAACAACAACACACUGCAUACAAAAACAAAUAAACGAAUAUAGAAAACAAUACUGGAAAAAACGAACCACCAACAGCAACAAACACUUUCCACCAUCAAUUUCUCUCCACAAACCACACACACACACACACACAAACACACACACUGCUAUAACAACAAUGUCAACUGUAAACACUGUAACGGCAUAAUAGCAACAAUAUCAAGUGACACUGCAAUAAUUGUGGAAAUUUAGAGUAUUUAGUAUAUUUUAAUUUGCGCAAGCUACCAAUUGGGAUAUAUAUUAUACAUAUAUUUAUAUAAUUAGUCGUGUGAGAUAUCAAUCAGCCAAUCGAUUUAUAAUGCAUACUUAGGUGCAUAUGCGUAACAUCACAACUUCACAUAUUCAUUUUUUUAUACGAACAAACAAUUGAUUGUUUGGCGAUAAUUGAAAAUACUAGCAUGACACGCUGUGCAAAUUUUCAUUUGAGGUUAGAAAAGCUGAAAUUGUAAAACUAAAGGCAAAUUGGGGGUAAAUGCUUCAAUGCGACUUUAGCUGUGGUGAAUUUUUAGCAAAGUUUAGCUAGAAAAAACACAACAACUAAACCUGCACUGCGAAAUUGUGGCAAAGGCGGCGCAUAAGCGAAAUAAAGUUGUCUUAAAAUGUAAUUACUUUAGUUGAAUUGUGCAAGCAAAGUCACAACAACGAUUUGAUGGAGAAUGAAAAUUUUUUUUAUUUGUUAAGCCAUACAUUUCGUUCUUAAGUUGGCAAUGCGAUCAGUGGAGUUCGGUAGAGCAAUGAUACAAAAACGAAGGCAAUCCCACUUAACGGCAUUAACAACCAUUUAACUUUUGCUGGUACUUUGGCGUUGUCAUCGAAAUGUAGCUAAAAGUUGGAAAAUUGUGAUUAAUAUUUUAAUGCAACUGCCUUUAAUGCAACUCAAAUUGAUAGAAAAUAAUAAAAAGGCAAAAAUGACUUACGCAUUUACAAGUUGCAAAAAUACAAUAGACCAAUGCAAGAAAGUCGGUAUACAGUUUUUUUUUUAUUUUAAUUUCGAAAUGCCAUAUUUAAUUUUUUACAGAUUCAAAAACCCCUGUGUGUGUCAAAAAAUUUGAAGUAAAAGGAAUUUCGUUCUUGUAUCAUUUAAAGUAAAAUACAAAUUAUUUUAAUCACUGCAUUUAACCUUUGACGGGUUAUUGUUGUUUUUGUUUUUAAUUUCGAAAUACCAUAAUUAAUUUUUUACAGAUUCAAAAACCCCUGUGUGUGUUAAAAAAAUGCUUGUAUCAUUUUAAAGUAAAAAAAUUAUUUUAAUCACUGCAUUUAACCUUUGACGUGUUAUUGUUGUUUUUUUUUUUUCUUCUAAUCGGUGCUCAUUUUCAUUUACACUCAGUUUAGACCUAAAAACAGUCAAUAGUUCUUCAUGUGACAUUUCGAUAUUAAUACAGAGCCGAAUGCAUCGCAGGAAAUCUGGUUAUUUUAGUUUAUUGCCUUCUAAAAAAAACAAUUUUAAGUUUACUUUAUUUGAACUUCUGACACAAUGUUUUACAAAUUUGAAAACAAAUUAAAUUUCGAAAAGAAAUAAAAUUCUCUUAAAAGUC